ACUAGUCUCGACAACCUCUAAAAAUGGAAGCCAUAAUCAACGAAGCCUCCCUCACUCUCUCUAGAAACUCCUCCCUCACUCUCUCAUCCCCAAACAAACUCAUCUCAACAUUCAUUCCCAAAUGUUCACCCUUAAAAACCAACACUAGGCCUUUCCUCUUCCCUUCACUUCGUCGACACCAUCGAGUCACCGCCUCCCUUCUCUCUUCCCCCCUCACCCACUCAUUUCCCGACGACGCCGCAGCGGCGCGGAAAGGCAGCGACAUCCUCGCCGAGGCUCUUCACCGCGAGGGCGUCCGGCACGUCUUCGGCUACCCUGGCGACUCCUCAAUGGAGAUCCUCGACGCUCUCCGCCGCCGCACGCCGAUACGCAACGUGCUCGCCCGCCACGAGCAGGGCAGCAUUUUCGCCGCCGAGGGAUACGCGCGUGCUUCGGGAUUUCCCGGAGUCUGCAUCACGACUUCCGGCCCUGGUGCCACUAACUUAGUUACCGGCCUCGCCGAUGCGCUCGCCGAUAGCGUCCCGCUCGUCGUCGUCACGGGGCAGAUUUCGAGCCACUUGAUCGGCACCGGCGCCCUGCAGGACACUCCCAUUGUCGAGCUGACGAGGCCGAUCACGAAAAAGAAUUACUUCGUCUCGCGUGUCGAGGAAAUUCCGGCGAUAGUUAAGGAAGCAUUUUUUGUGGCGAAAACCAGGCGCCCGGGCCCUGUCUUGAUCGAUCUCCCUAAGGAUGUCCAGAUGAGCAAAAUGGCGUGGAAUUGGGACGAACCGUUAAGGUUAGGUGUCGAAGAGCGGUUAUUACAUAGCCUUCCCGAACCUCCGAGCGAGGCGUUGCUCGCUAAGAUAGUAGAUAUGAUCAUCGAAUCGAGGCGACCUGUCCUUUACGUGGGCGGAGGGUGUCUCGAUUCGAGCAAGGAGUUGAGGCGUUUCGUGGAGCUUUCGGGGAUUCCGGUGGCGAGUACUAUGAUGGCCUUAGGGACAUAUCCUUGUUCGGACGAAGAAUUUUCAUUACAAAUGCUCGGAUUGUACGGGACCGACCACGCCAACUACGCCGUGAACAACUGCGACCUAUUGCUUGCAUUCGGGACGAGGUUCAACUGCACUUAUGUUGCCGCAGACAAAGAAUCGUUUGCGAGCCAGGCGAGAAUAGUUCACAUUAACAUCGAUCCAUCCGAGCUCGUAAAGAACAAAAAUGUAGCGAUGAGUUUAUGCGCUGAUAUCAAGUUAGCCUUGAAAGGUAUGAACUCAAUGUUAACCGGACGCGAAAAGCCCGACUUUUCUACUUGGCGACGAGAGAUAAAUGCGCGAAAACAUGGCUCUAACUAUCGAAUUAUGUGCGCCGGCUAUUGUCGCGAUAGGGAUCGAUUCGACGAUGUUAUUCAUCCUUGGCAUGUAAUUCAGGUUUUAGACGAGCUAACAAACGGGAAUGCCAUUAUAUGCACGGGCGCUGGGGAGCAUCAAGUUUGGGCGACGCAAUUUUACACUCACGAGCACCCGCGACAUGUGGUGAUGUCCGGAGGGUUUGGCCCGAUGGGCUUCGGGCUACCUGCUGCGAUCGGGGCAGCCAUAGCUCGGCCAGAUGCUGUCGUUGUGGAUGUCGAUGGAGACGGUAGUUUCCUCUUGAACGUCCAAGAAUUAGCCACGGCGCGAGCGGAAAAUCUCUCGUUGAAAAUUUUGAUUUUCAACAAUCAACACUUUGGAAUGACUGCGACUUGGGAGGACCGGUGCUGUCGCUCGAACAGGGUGUUUAGCUACCUUGGAAAUCCGUUCAAGCCAUCGGUUAUCUUUCCGGAUAUGGUGAAGUUUGCCGAGGCUUGCGACGUCCCGUCGGCCCGGGUGGCGACGAGGAAUGAGCUUAGAGAUGCUAUGAAAAAGAUGAUGGAGACGCCGGGGCCAUACUUGCUAGAUGUUAUUGUACCGCUCGAAGAUCAUGCCUUCCCUUCGGACAUCGGUGGUCCGUAGGGAUAUAUUUAUUACUC